AUGCGUCGUUUCUGCUUCACAGUGCUUGCUGGCACGGCUGCUGCCGUGCCUACAUUGUUCACAGAGGCAUCACCCCGCGGCGGCAAUGCAUUUUCAGCCGUCGACUGCUCGGAGCAGAUGAACAAGGAGAGAAAACCCAUGGGGUUUCCUAAUUUUACUGUCCUAGAUACAGACACAGCAACUCCUGGACAAAUAGGAGUCGAUCCCACUCAACUAUGUGCGAGUAUUAAAGCGGGUACGGAUCCUGGUAUAUGGCUAGCAGAAGCUGAGGUUGAUGUGACUAUAGCAGCAGCAAUUCAAAGCUCAACAGUCGGCGAUUGUGCAGCAGCAACAAAGCAAUGGAAGGGAGCAUUAAAGACAAUAGGAGAUUCUUUACCACCUGCCUAUACACCCGGAAAGGGCAUAUACGAAAGUCUGGAUGUUGUAUCCUUAAUGAAUCUCUAUACACCUAAAGAUGGAGUAGCAGUCGCAUGCACUGUCAUACAAUGCCCACAAAAAAGCCCUUCAACAGAAGGAGGCGGCACCGCUACUGGCAACGGAAACAGCAAUAGUGGCGGCGGGAACAACAGCGGCGCCACCUCCUCCCCAGGCACCCCCGGCGCAGAUGGUAGCCAAGGCACGCAAUCAGGAGCAGGCCAAGACAGCCCUGGCACUGGACAACAAGGUUCAGAACACUCUCCAGCACCAUCAGUAGUAACAGCAGGGGUAGGAGGAGGGGUAGCAAUACCAGCAGCAAUAGGAGAAGGAAGAGGAGGAGGAGUUAGGGGAGGAAUGACAGUUCGUCGAUUAGAUGGAGAAGGAACACAAGAAGAGCCUUUUAAUGCAGAUGUUUGUCUCUUCCACCCGAAGACACUCACGAAAGAUACUCCUCCUUUCCAGUAA